CACCAAUCAUCUCUCCGCUUUCUCUCUCUCUCUCUCUCUCUGUCUCUCUCUCUGGUAAGGCGCCAUCCCGCGAAGUCACCGGAAGAUCGACCGAUCUCUCCUCCUCCGCCGUCUGCCUCGACCGCUGAUCUCCUCUGGACCAGCCGCGCAUCUCCGAACUUCGGAUUCUAGCUCUGUCAUGGGCGGGAGCGAUUUUACCAUGCGAGGGCGUCAUGGGGAUGCCUUUUCGACGUACAAGCGCACUGUGCUUAGGGAUUAUGUUGAUUUUCAGAAGGAUGGCACCUCCGGACAUUUACUAAAUGGAGCCAGUAAAGAUCUCGGAAACCCUUCAUGGAGGCGUUCUUUGCCACAUGUCCUCGUAGCAGCUCUUUCUUCCUUCCUGUUCGGUUACCAUCUAGGGGUAGUUAAUGAGACACUAGAGAGCAUCUCCUUGGACCUAGGCUUCAGUGGAAAUACAAUGGCUGAAGGUCUAGUGGUGAGUACGUGUCUAGGAGGGGCAUUUAUUGGAUCCCUGUUUAGUGGUUGGAUUGCGGAUGGUGUUGGGCGCCGAAGGGCAUUUCAGCUAUGUGCCCUGCCCAUGAUUAUUGGGGCCUUAAUGAGUGCCACAACAAAUGAUUUGUGGGGUAUGCUUUUGGGAAGAUUAUUUGUGGGAACUGGAAUGGGUCUUGGCCCUCCUGUUGCUGCUCUAUAUGUCGCAGAGGUCUCGCCUACUAGUGUAAGGGGUGCUUUUGGGAGCCUCACCCAAAUUGCAACUUGUCUUGGAUUAAUGGGGUCUCUUUUCAUUGGAAUUCCAGCCAAGGAAAUCGCAAGUUGGUGGCGAGUUUGCUUUGUGGUGUCCAUUAUUCCUGCAGUAGCACUUGCUAUCUUUAUGCAGUUCUGCGCUGAAAGUCCUCAUUGGCUUUUUAAGAGAGGAAGAGCCGCUGAAGCGGAAACUGAAUUUGAAAAAAUUUUGGGCGGAGUAUAUGUAAAGUCUGCGAUGGCAGAGUUGUCGAAGGCUGACAGAGGAGAUGAAGUAGAUACCGUAAAACUCUCCGAGUUACUCUACGGUCGCUAUUUUAGAAUGAUUUUCAUUGGGUCUGUCCUUUUUGCCUUACAACAGCUUUCAGGAAUAAAUGCUGUCUUCUAUUUCUCUUCUUCUGUUUUUAAAAAUGCUGGCGUACCUUCAGACAUUGCAAACAUUUGUGUAGGAAUAUCAAAUUUGUCAGGGUCAGUCGUAGCAAUGAUCCUGAUGGAUAAGUUAGGAAGGAAGGUGCUGCUUCUUGGGAGUUUUAUCGGAAUGGCAGCGUCAUUGGGUAUUCAAGUGGCUGCUGCAAGUUCCUUUGCUUCAGGCUCUGUAUCAUCCUAUAUGUCAGCUGCUGGCAUGCUGCUGGUUGUCUUGGCAUUCUCUCUUGGUGCUGGUCCAGUCCCUGGUCUGCUGUUGUCAGAAAUAUUUCCCAGUAGAAUCAGGGCCAAGGCAAUGGCAUUUUGUAUGGCUGUGCACUGGGUGAUUAACUUUUUUGUUGGCUUGUUGUUCUUGCAAUUGCUGGAGCAAUUAGGGCCACAGGUCCUAUACACAAUUUUCGCCACCUUUUGCUUGAUAGGGGCGGCUUUUGUAAAGAGGAAUGUGGUGGAAACAAAAGGAAAAUCACUCCAGGAAAUCGAGAUUGCUCUUCUUCCCCAAGAAUAAAGGUACUUCCAACUGUUUGUGCUUAUGCGAGAUGGUCAGAAGUAUCUUACCACAAGAGAUGAGUUGGGUCGAGAUGGGCUGCCUUAUCAGACGACUAUUCUUGCAUUGGUUCUGCAUCAAAGUAAAUGUGGAACUUGAGGAAGUCGCAAUCUCCUGCUGAUCUUGAUGAGAGUAUAUAACAUCGAAGGCGGCAUGGGCAACAGUUUUGUAUCCAUUACUAAAGCGCUAAUGUCAUUGGUAUAUACUUGUUCUAUGGUGAUAUGUUCAUGUGCACGAACUCAUUUUGGUCCUCAAAAUCAAUAGUUCCUCCUGAGGAGAGAUUGCCAUAUUUAUUCACUGCUUCGGCAAUUGGCAAA